AGAUUUUCAUCGUCGUCAUCUUCGUCACAAAUUAAGCGAGGAAAACUUACAGCGAGAAAACAGAGCGCGCGCCCUGUUGGAGUCUACCGCGAUGUAAAGGCGCGCGAACUGUUCGGAAACUUCGUCGUCGUCGUAUAUAAACUCAAAAGUCUCGCGCGAUAAUAAACUCAUCGGAUCGUCGUCUUUUUCGGGCCGAUGCGCGAGUUUCGAACGUUCUGGAACGCCGGGACCAGUAGGCGAGCACGAGCCGCCCGCGCAGCGUGCCAGCACAGAGCGAGCCAGCGCGUGACACGGGCCAGGGCGAGAUUCGGUGCCGGUCCCAUCAGAUCUCGCCAGUCUAGCCGAGCGGUGACACGUCAGCUCCUCUCAUUCCUGGACCAUGGCCCUGCUGCGCCUAGUGCUGGCUGGCCUGACCCUGGCCUUGGUGGUUCGGGCCGACUUUCAUGAGGACCACUUUCGGCUCGGGGACACCGGCGGCCUACGGCCAGCGGCCCCUUACGACGCUGAUCGGCAGCGGGCCCUGCUCGAGGGUCAGUUUCACCGGGCGCCCGUUCAGCAGUUAAGCCUCGCCAGUCCUACCAACGGAUCCGGAGCCGCGUUCGAUGCUGCCAAGGCCCCCGCCCCGCAGAACCCUGCCGCGGCUCCCAACGCCCCGGUGGCCGCUGGAGUUCCCGCUCCCAAUGGCAGCGCAGCCGCAGGUGCGCCUUUGGCUCACAAAUCUUUUUUCGAACGCAGCCCCGUGAACCCGGUCUUUGGCCUGGAGCAGCCCGACUCUGAUGAGGCCUCGAAGCAGCUGCUGGAGCAAGACAUCGGUAAGCUGCAGCGCCGUAGGUUCCGCAUGCGCCGCCACAAGGGCUUCAAGGCUGGAGCGCACAAGGUCCGCAAGCUUGUCGAGGACGAGAUGGGCCCCGCCGGAGUUGCUCAGGAGGCCUACGCCCAGCAGAGGCCCGAUCAGGCUCCCUCCGCGAGCAGGCUCGAAGCCCUGGCCGGUCUGAAGGUCGAGUACGCGCGGGCUUACAUCGCGGCCGAAGAGCCCGAAGCCGACUCUGGCCCCAUGGAACUUCUCUGCACGGUCGGCUACAAGGAGUACGCCAGCAUCACCUGGACCGUCAACGGCCGUCCCCUUGAGAACUUCAUCGACCGCUCUACCAUGUCCACCGUGAAGAACGACGUUCCGGUCAAGGUCUCUAAGAUCACCAUCACCCAGCUGGAGAGGCUUCCCUCCGACAAUGGCAAGUUCGUUUUCGAGUGCACGGCCCUAGUCGACGCGCAGGUCACCAAGGCCACCAUUGCCCUGGGUUCAAUCAUCGAGGACACCUGCACAAGCAACGCCCAGUGCGAGCCACGCGGGGCCUCAUGCAGCGAGGGCCGCUGCCUCUGCAAGCCUUCCCAGCCCGUCAGCCUGAAGUCCAAGCACCUGACCUGCCGCGCCGCCGCCGGCCUGGGCUGGCCCUGCGACUACUCCGAGCAGUGCGUCUUCGCCCAGCCGAACGCCGUUUGCACCGACCGCCUUGUCUGCGACUGCGCCCUCGGGUUCGUCCGCUCCCUGGACGGUAAGACAUGCGACAAGCUGACCACCGGCGGAAACGUGAUCGGACAGCCCUGCAAGUCCACUAGCGAAUGCCACGUUGCCGGAGCCGCUUGCCUCAAGGACGUCUGUGCGUGCGCCAACAACACCGUCGAGCGCGGAGGCAUGUGCCUGCCCGAGGAGCACCUCAAGAUGCAGGCUGGAGUCCAGGGACCGAACUUCUUGGCUGCUGACGACGGCAUCAAGACCGUUCACAACGACACCCGCAUCACCGUGGCCGCGGCCAUGUUCAACGAGGCUGGAGACAAGAAAGAGUCCACCAUGGCGCCCGCCCUGGGCGUGCCUGUCCGUAGCUCGGCUGGAGGCCUGGCCUCGCCUGCUGUCCUCGCCGUGGCUCUCACCCUGGCCGCUCUCCUCGUCCGCCACCGCUGA